UGCAUGCUUUUCUCUUAUUAAUUUGUCUUUUGUUACAGGGGGUCUCAGUCGAGACCUUAAAAGGGUAGAGGAAAAAGAUUUUUUUCCUCCCUUACAACAAGGCAGUGUCCCUCAGGAAGGCGCCGGAUCAGUAAAUCAGGGUAGGCAUACUCUGGGACUCCGUAUGACUAACUGGUCUACAAAAAUCUCUAAUUUCUAGAAAAUAUAAAGAUAUUUGUCCAAGUUGGUUUGCAAAUUAUUUCACGUAGUUGAUUAUGACUUCGCUUGGUCAAGUGUACUUUAGUGACAAAUGUGAAAUUCAGAUAGUAGGUAUUUGUUUACUUUGUUUUUUACUUUGUUUUACUUUGUUUACCCUGCUAUAAGAUUACACUUUUUUCUAUUUGAAGAAGUAAUGAAAGAUGACCAUUAUUCUUGUUAAAACUUCCAACAAACCAAAUUAACUCCUGUUGGAGGGUUAGUCCCACAAUUCCCCAUUCCUGGUUGUGAGUACUAGAAGGUAAGGACACGACCAACAUCCGUGACUAGAAUUUAUACAACUUGAGGCGCUCCCUAUAAUCAGAUCAUUUCUCCUGAUCUAAAGUAAGUUACUAAUUAAGGACUUCCAAAUGAUCGAUGAUGGUUCAAGUGAAGGUACCAUCAUUCAAUAAAAUUUAGAGGAGCUAAGUCUUUGCCCUCAGGGUCUUAUUCAGAUUAAACAAAUAUAUUUUAACAAGCGGAAAUAGACAGGGGUGCCUGGCCAGCUCCGUCGGUGGAGCGGGUGACUUUUGAUCUCAGGGUCGUGGGUUCAAACCCCACAUUGGGUGUUUUUACUUAAAAAAAAAAAAAUUGGUACUUCUUUCUUACCUAGUGAGAGAAGUUUCUAGCUGCCUCUUGGGGUAACUGAGGAUAGAAAAAUCACCCCCAAGCAGAUCAUUCUUGUUUUGUGAGGAAUAAUUUGAGACAUUCCUUUUAGUUCUAUAAAUGUAGUGAGUAGACUCCAUUGUUCUGACUUACUGCUUAAUAGUAAUUGUUAUAAUGUUAACAAUAACUGGUGUCGGUGACAUAGGCCUCACCGUGCAAAGCUCUUUGUUGGGGAGGAAGCUGACCAGUCUUCACAAGAGGAGCCUCUUAACACUGUGAGUGUAACAGAUGAAAAGGCUGAGAUCCAACCACGGAGUCUGAAUAGUUGACCCAAGACUGUGGAGCUUAUACGUUGCUGGCCUGGGAUUCAGACCGGCCUCAAGACUUUGCCAUCUCACCAUGCUGAGUGGAGGAAGGUACGCUGAAGGGAUCGGCCGGUGGGACAUGGCUGAGGAUAAAGGCAAGAGAGACUCCAUUGGAAUGAGUCUGCGGGGAUGCCAGACAAACAACGGGUUUGUGCAGAACGAAGACAUCCUGGAGAAGGAGCUGGCCCCGGGCAGCCCGCCGGACAGCGUGGUGACCAUCGCAGGCCCCGCGGAGCCCACCCUGCAGGGCGCCCGGCCGUACGCGGGCAUGCCCAAGGAGGUGCUGUUCCAGUUCUCCCACCAGGCCCGCUACCGGGUGCCCCGGGAGGUGCUCUUCUGGCUCACGGUGGCCUCGGUGCUUGUGCUCACCGCGGCCACCAUAGCCAUCAUUGCCGUCUCGCCCAAGUGCCUGGACUGGUGGCAGGCAGGGCCCAUGUACCAGAUCUACCCGAGAUCCUUCAAGGACAGUGACCAGGAUGGGAACGGAGACCUGAGAGGUAUUCAAGAGAAACUGGACUACAUCACAACUCUAAAUAUAAAAACCAUUUGGAUUACUUCAUUUUAUAAAUCAUCCCUUAAAGAUUUCCGACAUGGUGUUGAAGAUUUCAGAGAAAUUGAUCCUAUGUUUGGAACGAUGGAAGAUUUUGAGAAUCUGCUUGCAGCCAUACAUGAUAAAGGUUUAAAAUUAAUAAUUGAUUUCAUACCAAACCACACCAGUGAUAAACAUGCUUGGUUUCAACUGAGUAGGAACCGGACAGGGAAAUAUACUGAUUAUUACAUCUGGCAUGACUGUACGCAUGAAAAUGGCACAACCAUACCACCCAACAACUGGUUAAGUGUAUACGGAAACUCCAGUUGGCACUUUGACGAAGUACGAAACCAGUGUUAUUUCCACCAGUUUUUGAGAGAACAACCGGAUUUAAACUUCUACAAUCUUGAUGUUCAAGAAGAAAUAAAAGAAAUCAUACAGUUCUGGCUCACAAAGGGUGUUGAUGGCUUUAGUUUCGAUGCUGUUAAGUUUCUUCUAGAAGCAGAGCAUCUGAGAGAUGAAACCCAAGUGAAUAAGACUCAAAUACCGGACACAGUCACACAAUACUGGGAGCUGUACCAUGACUUCACCACCACGCAAGUGGGAAUGCAUGACAUCGUCCGGAGCUUCCGGCAGACAAUGGACGAAUAUAGCAGGGAGCCUGGGAGAUACAGGUUCAUGGGGACCGAAGCCUAUGGAGAGAGCACUGACAGGACCAUGAUGUAUUAUGGGCUGCCUUUUAUUCAAGAAGCAGAUUUUCCCUUCAACAAGUAUUUCAGUGAGCUAAACACUCCUUCUGGGAACAGUGUGUUUGAGGUUAUCACAUCCUGGAUGGAAAACAUGCCAGAAGGAAAAUGGCCUAACUGGAUGAUCGGUGGACCAGACAGUGCCCGGCUGACUUCUCGUUUUGGGGAAGAAUAUGUCAACAUCAUGAACAUGCUUGUUUUCACACUCCCUGGGACUCCCAUAACUUACUAUGGGGAAGAAAUAGGAAUGAGAAAUAUUUUAGCCACAAAUCUCAACGAAAGCUAUGAUGUUAAUACCCUCCUCUCAAAGUCACCAAUGCAGUGGGACAAUAGCUCAAAUGCUGGUUUUUCUGAAGCCAGUCACACCUGGUUACCUAUCAAUUCAGAUUACCAUACUGUAAAUGUUGAUGUCCAAAAGACUGACUCCAGAUCAGCACUGAAGUUAUAUCAAGAAUUAAGUCUGCUUCAUGCCAACGAGCUGCUCCUCAGCAGGGGCUGGUUUUGCUAUUUGCAGAAUGACAGCCACUCUGUCGUGUACACAAGAGAGCUGGAUGGCAUCGACAGAGUCUUUCUUGUGGUUCUGAAUUUUGGAGAAUCAACAGUGGUAAAUCUAGAGGAAAUGAUUUCCAAUAUUCCCAGAAGAAUGAGGAUAAGGUUAAGUACCAAUUCUGCCUACAAAGGCAGUGAAGUUGAUACGGAUGCCAUUUUACUGGACAAAGGAGAAGGCCUCAUCCUUGAAUACAACAGGAAAAAUCUCCUUCAUCACCAAACUGCUUUCAGAGACAGAUGUUUUGUUUCCAAUCGGGCAUGCUAUUCCAGUGUAUUAAACAUACUGCACAGCCUGUGUUAGGCACCUUUAUGAAAGAGAUGAAGACACUGGCAUCC